AUGAUACAAAUAUCUCAGCAAGAAGCACAGCAGACUCAAAAAGGAAGCAGGCGUUUCAAGAGACUUGAGAACAGGAAUGGGGUCUUUGGUUUGUUGACGGAGAAAGAACGACAGCAGCUACUCCAGACAUACCCUGCACAGCCUUUUCUUGUUCCAGUGACUCAUCCGCCUGAGUAUCCUAAUCCUCAGUUAAUGGACCAUCUCUCCAACUUCCCCUCCCCCUCCAUCUUCCAGGAAUCAAAACCCAAAUUGAAAAAAGUUUUGAAGAAGACUCUGAAUGAGAAGUAUAGAAUUAAGUACCUUCGGCUGCGGAAGACUGUAAAGACUCUGAUCUUUGAGAAUGCAGCUCUCUGCGAUGAAAUUGCUUAUGUAGAGCAGAAAUUCAUCCGGACUAAGGAAGAACGACGGUUCCUAUUAAAAAGGCUAUUGCAGCAUCAGAACAUAACUGAUGGCACUGACCUUGCAGGAACUAUCAGCACUGUGCUUACUCCUCCUAUGUACAAUGUCCCUGGAGGAUCCAAUCAAGUGCCAGGAGUCUCAAACCUUCCUACAACACCCAUUGCCAGUACGUCAGUUGGAGAGGAGGCAGUGGGGAAAAAGUCAAAGAAAGACAAAAAAGACAAAGGAAAAGAUAAUGGCAAAGAUGAUGAUUCGCAGCCUUUACUCCAUGGAUAUCAGUGCUUGAGCUCGUCUUGCUGCCAGGAACGCUAUUAUGAGGGCGAAGAGGAGGGCUGAUUGGAACAUUCUUAUUUCCUCCCCCGACUGAUGGAGAAUGCGGUGUUGCUACAGGAAAGGCUAUUUGAUGAAAUGCAAGCAGGGAGAGUAUCAAUAUUUUCAAAUGAACGUUAUUUGAGUGAUCUAGCACAUGGGAUUAUGAUGGUUACUGAUAUUUCUGCAAUGUGUUAAAGCAUUUGGUCAGUUUGUACUCGCUCAGGGUGCCAGUCUCCAAUCCCAGGAACAUAUCUUGGCCAGUAUUAAACAUUUACAACUGAACUCAGUUAUUGGUCCCUACCUGUUUGAAAUGUGACCAUAUCUUUCUUGAAAGCACCAGGAGAGAUACCUGUGUCUUUAACAUAUGGGAGAAUUGCAGCAGGAGGCAAGCAGCUGUCAGCCAUCCAGUCAAAAUGUUUUGGGGAUGGCCUGGAGAUCUGGAGUGCUGAUUUGAUGACAUUAGGACAUUCCAUGCUGUUGUUUAUUCCUGGUAAAAAAAUUUGGUGGACAUAGGUGGGAUUCCAGAGGUCUCUAGGUUUUAGGAGUCUAAAACUUUUUUGAGGAUCUUGCUGCCGUCAAGUUUUAGCUUACCCUCAGUAUUCCAUUAUGAAAAUAGGAAAUGUUGGAAAUACGCAGCAGCUCUGGCAGCAUCUUUGGAGGAGGAAACUGAGUCAGCGCUUCAGUUCCGUGCCUAUCCUCAGAAUCCGAAACAAUUAGAAAUGAAACUGAUUUUAAGCAAGUACAGAGGCAGGGAAAGGUCAAAGGUGUGGAAAGGAUAAAAGGGAAAGUUUGUUUUGGGAUGAAAGGGAGGAGAGAUUAAAUAACAAAACAGAUGGUGUAGGACAAAAAGAAAUAGUGAUGGGACAAAUAGAAAUGCCUAUAAGCAGAACUAAUAUGAUCAUUAUGCACCACAUCCAGACCCAGAGCAAUGAGAUUGACUGUUAACUACCCUUUGAAAUGUCCCUAACAAGUCACUUAAUUCAAAGGCAAUUAGGAAUGAACAAUGAUUGCUGGCCUUGCCAGCAAUGCCCACGUUCCAUGAAAGAAUUUUGAAAAAAAGGAUAGUGUAAGGAAGUGAAGGACAGAGGUUGGUAUGGAGCAGAGAAUUAAAGUGGCAGAUGGCCAGAAGCUCAAUUUGCGCUUGCAGACUGAACUGAAAUCCUGUAUUCAGUCUCGCCGCAGUAGUGGAAGCCACCUAGUGAGCGCUGAAAUUAAAGAAUCGUUUUAUCUGAUUGGAGUAACAGUUGGAGGGGAGGAGAUGAAAGGGAAGAUGUUGCAUCUUCUGUGUUUUAUGUAAAAUCUGAAUGAGUAGGAGAAGGACUAGAUGAGGCCACUGUAGAGGGAACAGUCUGUUUGAAAUGUUGAAAGUUGUAGGGAGCUGUGUUUGCUGGUGGGAACAUGCUAGAGACGAAGGAAAUAGUCAAGCUCAUGAAAUUGACUGCAAAGUUGUGUGUGAUGAUAGGUAAGGACAGGGAACCCCAUUCUGGCUGUGGGACUAGUGGGAUGGAGGUUGAGAUGAGAAUUCUGUGAAAGGGGAUGGAAAUGGUCAGGGGGCCUGACUAACAUAAGUGGAAGCUGUCAUUGGUCAAGGGUAAAAAGGAAGAUACCUUGGAAGCACUUGUGUAGAAGAUUACAUCGUCACAAUGAAUGAUGGUGAUAAUGGAGGAGGAAUUGCAAAAAUAGAAAUGAGCCCUUAUAGGAGGUAAAAUUUGGAAAGUAUAACAAAGUGUUUCUACUAGCAAUUGAUUGACAGUGUUCUCUGAAAUGGAAGAUGAGGAGGGGAAAGUGAACAAAGUGUAUUGCAUUUAUUGUAGUUCCAGGAUGCCUCAGACAAAUGUUAUAAAAUAAAGUUUGCCACUGAGUCACAUGAGAUAUUAAAUCAGGUGACCAAAAACUUGAUCAAAGAUGUCGAUUUUAAGAGUUGUCUUAAAGGAGAAAAGUGAGGUGGAGAAGUGUCGUGAGGGAAUUGCAGUCCUUAAGGCCCUGGCAAUUGCGGGCACAGUCACCAAUCAUUGGGAAUACACAAGAGGUCAGAAUUUGAGAAUCACAUAGCUCCCCAAGGGUUGACAGUCUGGAGGAGAUUGCACAGACAGGAAGGAGAAGAUUAUGGAGGAACCAUUGCUGAAAAUCUAACCAUGUGAAAACUAGGGAGAGGAGGAAGUUUGAAACAAUAUUGAUUAAAUGCAACAAUUUAGACUGCGAAUGAGAAAGUGACACCAAGAAAAUGAUCAGGGCGGCACAGUGGCUCAGUGGUUAACUCUGCUGCCUCACAGCGCCAGGGACCCAGUCCAAUUCCUGUCUCGAGCAACUGUC